AUGGUUACCAAAAGUGGCUUCGGCAAGACCUCCAAGCGGGUUCCCGUCCGCCUGAGGCACAAGAUUGAAAAGUCUGCUGUCCAAAAGCAGAAGAAGCAGAAGAAGCUCGCAAAGAAGAACCCCGAAUGGCGGUCAAAGGUCAAGAAGGAUCCUGGCAUUCCCAACCUCUUCCCCAACAAGGACAAGCUUCUCCACGAUAUUGAGGAGCGGAAGCGCAUGAAGGCAGAGGAGCUGCAGCGCAUUCGUGAAGAGGCACGAGCCCGCAAGGCUCAGGGUCUGCCAGUAGCGCAAAAUGGCAGCGAGGCUGUCGAUAUCAACGAGGAUGAUAUGCUGGACGACGAUAUGGAGGGCGAUGACUCUAACCCAAUGGCCGCUCUUCUUGCCUCGGCACGCGCUCGUGCCACAGAAUACGAUGACAAUCAAAGCGAAGAUGACGAUGAGAUGGAAGAAGAUGACGAGGACGAUGAGAUGGAUGAGGACGAUGAAGGCGACGCACUGAUCGACGAAUCUGCCCCGCCAUUGGUCACAUCAAAGUCUUUCUCAAAGGAAAGCUCACGACGCCAGUUCGACAAGGUCUUCAAGCAGGUCACUGAUAACGCCGAUGUUGUACUGUACGUGCUCGAUGCUCGCGACCCCGAGGGCACUCGGUCCAAGGACAUCGAGCGCGAGAUCAUGACCGCAGACGGCGGCAACAAGCGUCUGAUUCUCAUCCUGAACAAGAUCGAUCUGGUUCCUCCCCCAGUGCUCAAGGCCUGGUUGAUCCACCUCCGCCGUUCCUUCCCCACUCUCCCCCUCAAGGCGUCCAACGGCGCUGGCAACGCACACACCUUCGAUCACAAGCAAUUGACCGUUAAGGGAACUUCUGAUACCCUCUUCCACGCUCUCAAGUCAUAUGCCAACGCCAAGCAGCUCAAGCGAUCCAUCUCCGUCGGUGUCAUUGGUUAUCCCAACGUCGGCAAAUCGUCCGUGAUCAAUGCUCUCACUGCACGACUGAACAAGGGCUCGAGCAACGCAUGCCCGACCGGUGCCGAGGCCGGUGUCACCACCAGUCUGCGCCAGGUCAAGCUGGACAACAAGCUCAAGCUUAUCGACUCACCCGGAAUUGUCUUCCCUUCUGCUAGUGACAAGACCACCAAGAAGAACAAGAAGCAAGAAGACCAGGCCCGUCUCAUCCUGCUGAACGCCGUCCCGCCUAAGCAGAUCGAGGACCCUAUCCCCGCAGUCAAUCUUCUGAUCAAGCGUUUGUCGUCUUCGGAGAACCUUAUCGCCAAAAUGUUGGCGGUCUAUGGCAUCACUGCCCUCGUCCCCACAAGUAAUGGUGAUAAGACCACCGAUUUCCUGGUCCAGGUGGCCCGCAAGCGCGGCCGUCUCGGAAAGCACGGUGUCCCCAACAUUGAGAGCGCUGCCAUGACAGUCAUUAACGACUGGAGAGACGGUCGCAUCCAGGGCUGGGCUACCGCGCCUGUGCGCAAUGUUGUUGUCGCCUCGACAGAUGCUACCGCCAGCGCCACUGAGCCUGGCGUUGAAACCACCCAGGUUGUCACUGAGUGGGCCAAGGAGUUCAGCAUCGAGGGCCUCUGGGGCAACGGGCAGGGUGAUGAUGAUGAAAUGGCCGAGUAA